AUGUCACUCCCGAAUCCCAUUCGCAGAGUCGCUGUCAUUGGUGCUGGGCCAUCAGGCCUGGCUGCAGUCAAGUAUCUGCUCGCGGAGAACCACUUCGACCAAAUCGAGGUCUUCGAACAAAGAAGCUCGGUUGGUGGAGCCUGGAAUCACAAUAGAAGUUCAACCAAGUCUGGGAUGUCAACCACUGUUCCUCAUCUGAAUCCCCACGAGCCACUCGAAAGUCCGACCUGGAUCGAUGGACCCGAUGGAAAGCGCGAGGCAACAUUCGUGUCUCCGCUAUACGACCUACUGGAGACCAAUAUCCCUAGGGAGUUGAUGCGUUACUCGGAUCAGGACUGGCCAUCAGAAGCCCAGCUAUUCCCUAAACAUCAAACGGUCAAGCAGUACCUGGAGGAUUAUGCCAAGGAUAUCACAUCACUCAUUCAGUUCGAGACUCAGGUUUCAGAUGUCAAACUUAAGGAUGCCGGUUUAAGCACCUGGGAUUUAACAGCAAAGAACCUUAUGACAGGCGCUGAAGUCACCCAUACUUAUGAUGCCGUUGUGGUUGCAAGCGGUCAUUUCACCAUCCCCUAUCUACCAGCUUUCUCAGGUAUGGAGGCUUGGGAUGCAUCUUAUCCUGGUGUCAUCUCCCAUUCCAAAUUCUACGAUUCCCCCGAAUCUUUCCGAGACAAAAAGGUAGUUGUGGUCGGAAGCUCUGCUUCAGGUCUUGACAUCGGUGCUCAAAUCAACAAAGUAAGCAAAGGCAAAGUGAUGGUCUCCCAGAAGUCCGAAUCAUACUUGGCUGCAUCUUCGGCAAACAAUCAGAUUACUUGCCCAGAGAUAGUCGAGUUCCUUCCGACGACAACUCACAACAGAGGAAUCCAGUUUGCAGAUGGCCAUAUUGAAGAAAGUAUCGACGCAAUUGUUUUCUGCACUGGCUACUUUUAUUCAUUCCCUUUCUUGUCUUCGCUCGUGCCACCAGUCGUUACCCACGGAUGGCGAACGACGGACAUUUAUCAGCAUUUAUUCUAUAUAGAGCACCCGACGCUUGCCUUCCCAGUUCUUCCGCAACGAGUCAUUCCGUUCCCUAUGGCAGAGGCCCAGGCUGCUGUUUUCUCUCGUGUAUGGUCUGCGCGACUUACACUUCCAUCCAAAAAAGCCAUGUGUGACUGGGAGGAAUCGGAAAUACGCACUAAAGGGGAUGGGAAAGCAUUCCACCUCCUCAACUUCCCCGCGGAUGCAGACUAUUUGAAUUUCCUCCACGACUGGGCGAACAAGGCGACUCUCCGCUCAGGCUUGUCAAAUGAUGGAAAAGGCAAAAUUGGCCCUCGCUGGGGCGAGAAAGAAAGGUGGAUGCGAGCACUUUUCCCCGAAAUCCGACGAGCUUUUGUACAGAGAGGAGAGGCCAGAGGCCAGAUCAGGAGUCUGACAGAGCUCGGGUUCGACUUCGAAGAGUGGAAACGGGAACAAGGUCCCCACUUAUGA